AUCAACUGCUCCUGCCUGGCCCGCCCCGAACGCGGGAGAAGAGUGAGCGGGAAGACAGUUUCGACCCGGCUCGGCGGCCGUAGCGACCCAUUCAACCCCCACAAUCCCGACCGGCCUCCGCUUCCUCCUGCUUUUGCACCCCUGACUCCCUGAGGUCUCCCGAAUCACACAAGAGGAAACAAAGCAGCUCACGCCGCCGCCAUGUCCGAGGCUUAUUUCCGGGUGGAGUCGGGUGCGCUGGGCCAUGAGGAGAACUUUCUUUCCUUGGACGACAUCUUGAUGUCCCACGAGAAGCUCCCGGUGCGCACAGAAAUUCCCAUUCCACGCCUCGGCGCCUUCUUCCCGGAGCGGAGCGGUGGGGCCGACACCGACAACACCAUCCCUCAGGGCUCAAAGCUGGAACUCCCCUUGUGGCUGGCAAAAGGACUUUUUGACAACAAGCGGCGGAUCCUCUCUGUGGACCUUCCCAAGAUCUACCGAGAGGGUUGGAGGACUGUGUUCAGCGCAGAUGCCAACGUGGUGGACCUCCACAAAAUGGGGCCCCAUUUCUACGGGUUUGGCUCCCAGCUCCUGCAUUUUGACAGCCCAGAGAAUACAGACAUUUCCCAGUCUCUCCUCCAGACAUUUAUUGGACGUUUUCGCCGCAUCAUGGACUCCUCCCAGAAUGCGUACAAUGAAGACACUUCAUCACUGGUCGCCCGGCUGGACGAGAUGGAGAGGGGCUUAUUCCAAAUGGGGCAGAGAGGCCUGAACGACUUUCAGUGUUGGGAGAAGGGGCAGGCUUCUCAGAUCACAGCGUCCAACCUGGUUCAGAACUACAAGAAGAGAAAGUUCACCGACACGGAAAACUGAAGGCCGCGGACAGCAUCGCCCCUCGUAGACUCGUCCCUGUGUGGCCUUGCGAAGAGCCUGGUCGGCCCUGGAAAGGGCCAGCCUUGACAUGGCUUGUUCCCUGCAGCUGUCUCGGGAGUGGUGUCAUGCGGUUGGGAUAGGACGUGCUGGAGGAUGUCCCUGGCCCCGGAAGUCUUCCAGGACUGUCCCACCCUGCUGACCCCAGCCCAGGCCUCCCUCGCCCAAGAAGCUAUAGCUGAGGAGCCAUCAAAGUCCUUUAUCCAUAAAGAUCGGAAGACAUAGGUUGCAGUAGAGUUGGAACUGGAGUUCCUGGUGCCUGGGAGGGACUUGACGGCCUGAGAUGUCCACCUCCCCUUGCUCAGAGUCUGUUCACGGAAUGUUCUCUCGCGCGGAAUUGCUUCAUCUUCCUGGUUGUGCAAAGGGCAGCGCCCCCAGGAUGCUGGACGUGUAAAUAUCUCUUGCCCCCUGCCUGUGGGGAGUUACCCCAAUUUCCAGAAACAGCCAUGAAGAAAGAAGGAUGCCCAGCCAAUGUGGCUCAGUGGUUGAGCAUUGACCUAUGAACCAGGAGAUCGCAGUUCGAUUCCUGGUCAGGACACAUGCCCGGGUUUCAGGCUCAGUCCCCAGUAGGGGGCAGCGUGCAGGAGGCAGAUAAUCAAUGAUUCUCAUCAUUGAUCUUUCUCUCCCUCCAUCUCCCUCUCUGAAAUCAAUAAAAAAAUAUAUUUUUAAAAAGAAUAAGGAAGGGAAAGGCAGGCGAAUGGCACGGAUUUUACUAAAGAGGAGACGGUGCUACCUCCUCUGUGACCAGGAAUUCGCGGAAUUCUGCAGCCGUCCUAGAGGGGAAGUGUUGCACUGAGCUUGUUUUUGUCUCAGACCUUCACAGCAUCUCAGUGCUGUCAGUGGUCCAGUUGCAACGUAGUUACCAACCGGUGCGAACCAGCCCUUAUUUGGUGAAGUCAGGACUUGGGGUUGCUUCUCCUUUUGGAGAAGCAUAAUUCACAGGCACCUGUCAGUGGGCAAGAGGCCGUGGGUAUGUGUUUCCUUUAGUCCAUUUUGUACAUCUUUACAUGGAGGCUUCCUGACCAGUUACUGAGAAUCUAAGCAAACACAGAACUUCCCCUGGAGGUCAGGCGGGCACCUGAGCAGGAGACGGCAUACCUGGGGCCGCCGGCCUGUUUGAAGGGCAGUGGUCUCCACACCACUGCCCCCCACAACCAGGGAAAAUGGCCUUUGUCGCUGGAAACGAGGAAUUUGGGCAUCCAGACUGCAGAUGCCUCAGUGCCAACUUAGAAUGUCAGGAGGGCUUUUGAAAUGCCUGUUUUAAGAUGGAACCCGUGUUUUUAUCGUUUGAUUUCGGUGCUAAAUAAACGACCCGCUUUGCACUUGGA